AUGACGAAAAUGAUGAAGCAGAAAAGAUCGCAAAAAGACUCCGUUCAACUUAUGAGCGUAAUAUGAAAUUACCACGUAUGGAAGUUAAAGUGAAGAUGCAAAGGGCCAUUGAGCAUGAAGGUGCUGUUAUUCAUACAACCCACAAUGAUGGAGGCCUUCCUCUCAGUCUAGGAAUAUUUAAAGAAAUUGUGAAUCGUGGCUAUACGUUUGUUGACAAGACACUCCUAAUUGCUGACUUUCUCAGAAGUAAAACAGAUGUAUCCCUUAUUCUACGACCCAGACGAUUUGGAAAGUCAACAAACCUCACGAUGCUCAGGGAUUUCUUUGCUUUCCCUGUUCAUCCUGACUCUUUGGAGCUCCGAAAAGAACUUUUCAAAGAAACUAAGAUUCUGAAGGUAGAAGCAGACCUGUGUGCUGAACACUUUUGCAAAUUUCCAGUUUUAUACCUGUCUUUUAAGGAUAUUUAUGGCCAAAACUGGGAAGAGAUGCAGAGAGUCCUUUGUCAAUUUUUUGCAGAUCUGUAUGCAGAUUACAUUUAUGUCACAGAAGCACUCACCACACAAGAGAAAACAGAAUUUCAUGACAUAUUUUUUCGAAAAGUAGCAAUAGACCCAAAAACUGUUCUUUUUAAACUCACCAAAUACCUGAAAACUUAUACAAACAUGCAGCUUAAAAACAGUAACAAGUGUAUCAUAUUAAUUGAUGAAUAUGAUUGUCCUAUGAAUAAUGCCUACCAAAAUGGUUACUUUAAAGAAGCCAAUGCCUUCUUUGGCACUUUAUAUUCAUCUCUUCUUAAGGACAAUGAGAACAUUUCCAAGGCUCUCCUCAUUGGUGUAAACCAUGUGGCAAAAUCUGGUUUCUUGUCAGGAUUAAAUAACUUGGUUGUCUAUCCCAUGCAUUCAAGUGAGUAUGCUGACAUGUUUGGGUUCACCAAGAAUGAAGUUACUGCCAUCCUUGAUUAUGCCAAUCAGAAAGAGCAACUGAAUGAUGUUAAAAAUUGGUAUGAUGGUUACAUUGCUGGGAGGGACACCAAGCUUUACAAUCCCUGGUCAAUUGCAAUGUUUGUCAAUAAGAAGGAACUUGGUCCACACUGGGUAGAUACUGGGGGCACUGGCAUUAUACAGAAACUGUUUCGUAAUGCAACAGAGGACUUCAGGAUGAAGGCUUUGGAGUUGCUUGAUAGUAAGACAGUCCUCACUACUCUUUGUGAUGACAUUCAGUAUCAUGAACUAGAGUCUGGUAAUGAUCAGAGUUUGUGGACAUAUCUGUACUUUGGAGGCUAUCUUACAGGGACCCAUGCACUAGAUCAGAUGCACCUGACAAUUCCAAACAUUGAAGUGAGGACUCAAUGGCUACAAUGGUUAGAAAAUCCCAAAUUUCCAACUUCCAGAUCACUCUUUAUGAUGCUAUUGGAUGGUCAGCUUGACAAAUAUAGCAAGGAGCUCCCGAAGUAUGUCAUGGAGACAUUUUCAUAUUUUGACCUAUCAACAUCAACAACAGAGAAAUACUACCAUAUUUUCUCAGUUGGGUUAUUGGCUGAUGCCAAAUCCCUCAUGUUGGAAAUAAUGUCAAACAGAGAAUCAGGCAUUGGCCGUUAUGACAUUGGCAUCCGGCCAACACACAUGUCCCAUCACAAGACAGCAUUAAUUAUUGAGCAUAAGGCAACUGAUGACCCUGACCAACUAGAGAAAUUGGCUGAUGGUGGGAUUUGGCAAAUUCAUGACAAUAAAUAUCACACUAAUUUGACCACUGGGACUCCCACUCAAAAGAUUGUAGAAGUCACAAUUGUCUGGUGUGGGAAAAUGUGUUAUGUAAAGGGUCAAGUUUCUGAGUGGAAAAAUGGACAAUGG